AUGAAGAACAUAAUUUUAUUAGCUUUAUUUUUUAUUAUUUUAGCUUCUUUAAUACAUGUUUCCAAAAUCAUCUUAAUACUAAUCUUAAUAAUCAUUACAAAAGAAAUUUUUGUAGGCUUCCAACAAAAAAUUUUAUCAAUUGCUUUUCAGCACCACCAGGUGCAGCCUUACACUGUGCUAUUUCUUUUGGGCAAAAAUUUGUAUUACUAUGAAAGAGUAAAAUAG